CUAUACCCUUAAGGAUCUGCUAGUGAGGUUGCUUUGAAAGCUUCCAGCUAGAAACUUUGCUCUGCACGCUCUGAAAUUUCUCUCAAUCUGUGUUUGGAUGCUGUCCCUAACUCAGAGUUGGCAUCUCCAAAUCCUGCCCUGAAUAUGGGUGACCUUGAGCUGUGCAAGCUCGAUGAGCUGGACUGCCUUGUCAAAGGAGUGCUGUACAUUGACUCUGUGGGCUUCAAUGGCCGCUCAGAGUGUUACUAUUUUGAGAACCCCACGGAUGCUGAGAGGUGCCAGAAGCUUCCAUUCAACCUGGAGAAUCCCUAUCCUCUCCUCCUGGUGAACAUUGGCUCAGGGGUCAGCAUUUUGGCUGUCUAUUCCAAAGACAACUACAAACGGGUAACAGGCACCAGCCUUGGAGGAGGAACCUUCUUUGGCCUCUGCUGCCUUCUGACAGGCUGCUCCACGUUUGAGGAGGCCCUGGAGAUGGCGUCCCACGGGGACAGCACCAAGGUGGACAAGCUGGUGAGGGACAUCUAUGGAGGAGACUACGAGCGCUUCGGGCUGCCAGGCUGGGCCGUGGCAUCCAGCUUUGGAAACAUGAUGAGCAAGGAGAAGAGGGACUCUGUCAGCAAGGAGGACCUGGCCAGGGCCACUUUAAUCACCAUCACCAACAACAUUGGCUCCAUAGCACGGAUGUGUGCCCUUAACGAGAACAUCAACCGUGUGGUGUUUGUGGGCAACUUCCUUCGGAUCAACACCAUCUCCAUGAGGCUCCUGGCCUAUGCCCUGGACUACUGGUCAAAGGGACAGUUAAAAGCACUUUUCUUGGAACAUGAGGGUUACUUCGGCGCAGUUGGAGCUCUCCUGGGACUCCUGGACUCAGCCUGACUCUGUGCAGGAUCUGUGGUGGAUCUGUGGGUUCAGGGCACUCCCUGGGCCACUGAGCCCCUGGUUUGGGGUCACUGAGCCCCUGGUUUGUGUCACAGCCCCCACUGAGACUGCUCCACUGUGGGGACAGCCUGGGGACGGUGUCUGGAAGAGUUGAAAUCCAUCUGGGAUUGCAGCACAGGUUUGUUCCAAGGGAUGUGAUUGGAAUCCACUGGCUGGGCCUGGGGGUGUAUGGGAAGGUCUGGGGGGCAUUUCAGUCCCAUGGAAUUGCCCCUUUUAGGGGAAUUGUUUUUGUUUUACUCCAUGUUUAAUGACAAUGACAGAGCAGAGCAGGGGCGCUCUGCUCCUUCCGCUGGGAUCCCUUGGAGUGCCAAGAGCCCAGGUCAGCUCUGUGCUCACAAUCAGAGAUUCCCCAGGUGCUGGGAAAUGCUCUGGGAGAGGGGAAGAGCAUCAGCACAGCCCUGGUGUGUGUACCCAACUCCAUGUGGGACACAGCUGUGCUGUCACCAGGCUCUGUCUGUCCCUGUGCCCCAUGUCCCUGUCCCUGUCCCAGGGAUGGAAGGUGCAGCAAGCACAGCUCUGUGCCUCAGGGUGGGUCCCACUGCCCCCUUCCUGCACCUCCUCAGCACCCUCUGGAUGCUGUCAGGCCUGUCAGUCAGCCUCCAGCCUUGAGAUGUAAAUUUGAGGGUGGAAUAGGGAUAUUUGUUGUUUGUCUGGCGUUUUCUCUCUGUUACCAAAGAGACACUUCCUUCAGUCACACUUGGAUCUCUGUAAUAUUCCAUGUUACAUUUUCCAUGGCUGCACUGCUGUCAUUUUGGGGGAAUUCUCCCCUUUCCAUGCAUGCUGUGCUCCCUCUUUUCCCUGUGCAUGCUGCCACACAGCCUGGGAGCAGGAUAAUGCAGAGUGGAGCCCCUGUGGAAGUUGCACCCCGGGGAUGGGGGCUUGGAAUGGAUCCUGCACGCUCAAUAAAUGCUCUGUAAAAUAACGAGGUAUCUGCACCUUCCCUGGGGGUGGGAGCUCAUGGAGACACAGCUUUGGAAGUGCUCUGGCUUCCCAGCAAGCAGCUCUGUGGAGCACAGGGAGAGCUGCUCAGAUCCUUCAGAUCAGGUCAUGGUGUCAGGGUUUAUCCCAGGAUAUCAGAGACCAUCACCCUGACCCCAACACACCCUUCCAGCCCUGCUUUCUUCCCAGAGAAACCAAUUUCCAAUUUUUGGGAUUUUUUUUUUUUCAAUUGGAAUUUUUUUCCAAUUCCAAUUUUUCUCUGAUCCCCUUGUGAGCCUGGCUGGAAGUGCUGGACAGCCCCAAGCCCUUCCCUGCCUUUUGAAUCCUGCUCUGUCAUUGCUGGAUCCUGAGAUCUGAGCACUCCAAGGUGGGUUCCCUGUGUGGCACUGCAGAUUCAGUGAUUGCUUGGCUGGGGAGAUCUGUGUUUGUCUCUAAACUCAGCUGACCUGAGCUGAAAUUCUGGACACAGCCAGGGAUUUGAUCCCAGUAAAAUCAGGGAGAAGAGCACAGGGCUCCUGUGGAAGGUGAUCUGUGCUGGCUGGGGAAGAAAAUGUUUGUUUUUCCUGCAGCCUUACACAAGUUCCAUUUGUGUCCUGGUGUUUGUUGCAGGAUCAUACAGCUCAGGGAAUGGUUUGGGUGGGAAGGGACCUCCAACCAUCUCAUUCCAUGGGCAGGGACAUCUCCCACUGUCCCAGGGUGCUCCCAGCCCUGCCCAGCCUGGCUUGGGCACUGCCCCAGCUGCUCUGGGCACCCUGUGUGGGAUCAGCUGAAUUCAAAUUCUCAUUUGUUCUUCACUCCUUGUGAAAUCACACAAAGGUUCCCAAACUCUCCAUUAAAAACAUCUCCAUUUCUGAGUGCUGACUGAAGGGUUUCUACACUCAGCUCCUGCUGCACCACCUGAAAUUUAACACGAAUGUACCUGGCUGGCCUUUCACCCACCCUCACAGCCAAAACUCAGGGAAAAGGCACAGAAACUUUGGCUUUUUGGAAUAUCUGUGUGCCUGGGACCUGUGUGGCUGCUUGAUGUAAGGGGUCAGCUGGGCUGGGAGGGUGUGGGAAUCCUUGAGAUCCACAGGAAAAAGCCUGGCUUUUAUUAGGAAGCCACCUUGCCAUUGUUCUACUGUGGAGAGCUGGGAAAUCUCUGCAGGGUUGGGAAUUCCAGGAGCAAUCCCAGAGCCUGAUCCCUGGGCUCAGCAUCCUGCAGGUUUUCCUUUCCUCACUCUGUCCUGAGCCUGGGUAACUCCUUUUUCUCUGGAUUUUGGAGUAGCUCCAGCACGGUCUGAUCCCAGCACCAAAGCUCCUGGCUUAUUGUCCAUUCUUUUUUUGUAAACUGCUUGGUUUUUUUCUUUGUUAUAAAAUAUUAGUUAUUUUUUUA